UUUAAGCUUCUUGUUUCCGUUCGGAUGACUUAGCGGGGUAACACGUUUUUAUACUUCCGGACCGAAGGUUAGCAUACACAUGUGUGGAGAAAACAGGCAGUAAGGGAAACCAGGCAGCAGGCGGUUAUAUUUACAGUGGACAGGAUGGACGGGAAGGAGAAGGUGCAGAAGAGCCACAGGAAGAAGCAGAGUGGACCGAAGGCCGAGAAGAAGAAGCUCAGGAAGCAGGGACCCACGACAGAGGAGGAUGCACGCAAACGCAACCCCAAGGCAUUCGCGGUUAAAUCCGCUGUGCGCAUGGCCAGAACCUUCCACAGGACCCAGGACAUAAAGACCAGAAAACAUCACAUCCCACUCGUAGAUCGUUCUCCCCUGGAGCCUCCACCAGUGGUGAUUGUAGUUGUCGGCCCCCCUAAAGUGGGAAAAAGUACCUUGAUCCGCUGCUUAAUUAAAAACUUCACUCGUCAGAAGCUGAGUGACAUUUAUGGACCUGUGACCAUCGUCUCUGGGAAAAAACGUCGCCUCACUUUCAUAGAGUGUAACAAUGACAUAAACACCAUGAUUGACCUUGCAAAAGUAGCAGAUCUGGUUUUGAUGUUGAUUGACGCCAGCUUUGGCUUUGAGAUGGAGACAUUUGAAUUCCUUAACAUCUGCCAAGUAAACGGCUUUCCUCGCAUCAUGGGCGUGCUGACUCAUCUGGAUUCAUUCAAGAACAACAAGGCACUGAGGAGAACAAAGAACAACCUCAAACAUCGCUUCUGGACUGAGGUUUACCAGGGAGCCAAGCUGUUCUACCUGUCUGGUAUGGUGUAUGGUGAAUAUCAGACUCAGGAAGUCAAGAACCUGGGGCGUUUCAUCUCCGUCAUGAAGUUCCGUCCUUUGGUGUGGCAGACGUCCCAUCCAUAUGUGCUGGUAGACCGAAUGGAGGACUUGACUGACCCUGAAAAGCUGAGGACAGAACCAAAGUGUGACCGAACUGUGUCACUUUAUGGCUACCUGAGGGGGGCGUAUUUAAAAAACAAAUGCCAGGUCCAUAUCCCAGGUGUAGGAGACUUUCAGGUGGCUGAUGUGAACUUCCUGCCUGACCCGUGUUCCCUGCCUGAUGCACAGAAGAAGAGGGCUCUGAACGAGAAGGAGCGUCUGCUCUAUGCACCUAUGGCCGGGGUCGGCGGGAUCGUGUACGACAAAGAUGCCGUGUAUAUUGACUUUCCUGCCAGCCAUGUCAAGCAGCAGGAGGAGGUGCGUCCCACCACUGAGCUCGUCCAGUCGCUCGUUGACACACAGGCCACUCUGGAUGCAAAGAUGGCUGCCAGUAAAGUAACUCUGUUCAGCGGUUCUGCCUCACUGGACCUUACAGACAUCGAACAGCAGAGCGGAGAGAAUGAGGGUCUUCACGAGAAGCGCGUUUGGGAUCCCAACACCCAGAGACAGAGGAGGAAGGUGGUUUUCCCUGGAAAGGAGGGUGGGGAUGAAGAUGGUGCCAGUGAUGAUGAAGACGAUGCAAGUCAGGACAGUGACCAGGAGGAACCGGACGAUGAAGAUGGUGCAAGUCAGGACAGUGACCAUGAGGAGCUGGGCGGGGACAACCCUGAAGAUAACCUAUCCAUGUUUCUGAAAGAGGCGAGAGCCAAAUCAGAAGAGAAUGCAACAGACGGAGCUCCAGUGGAGAAAAAGCAGAGACUAGAGGAAAAGAAAGGAGAUGGGCAGGUGAUCGCAGAGGCCCUGGCAUUUGCUGACAGUGAGGACGACCUGGAGACGAGCGAGGAGGAGUCUGAAGAAGAGGAGGAGGCUGGAAAAGCAGGAGAUUCUGGGCACUGUACUGAACAGGAUGAAGCAGACAGUGAUGAGGAGGAGCAGGAGGAAGAGGAGGAGGAAGAGGAGUUGGAUGAGGAGGAGGAAGAGGAGUUGGAGGAAGAUGAAGAUGAAGAGGAAUGGAAGAUGGAAGAGGGGGAGGAGGCAGCUGAAGCUGCACCGAAAAAGCAGAUAGUGAGCCAGGACAAAGAUGAGGAGAUGGUGGAGGAGCAAGGGGCUCUCAGGUGGAAAGAGGGUCUUCAGGAGAAGGCAGCACAAGCGUUUCUACGGCAACAAGAAGCUGCACCCAAUCUGAGGAAACUGGUGUAUGGUUCAGUUGUUGAGGAUAAAUCAGAGGAUGAAGACAAUGAGGAGUUGGGAGGGCUUUUUAGGGUCAGUCGCCCCCAGAAUAGCAAAAAGUUUCAGGCGAAUGCUCUGGACUGCUCCCGUUUUAACACCAAUACUGCUCACAACUGGGACUUGGAGGAGGUGUUAGACUCCAUCAGAGACUGCUUUGUAACGGGGAAGUGGGAGGAGGACCAAGAUGCUGCCACACUGCUGAGGGAGGAUGAGAACCUAUAUGGUGACUUUGAAGAUUUGGAGACGGGAGAAGUCCACAAGGGUCAGACUGAGGAGCAGGAGGAGGCUGAGAAUAGUGAAAAUAGUGACGAGGAAGACGCUGUGCUGAAGGUGGAUGAUGACGAGGAACGUAAGAAAAACCUUCUGGAGAAGAAGCGAAGGCUGAAGGAGCGCUUCAACGCAGAAUAUGAUGAUAAAGAUGCUACUUACUUUGACGACCUAAAGGAGGAGAUGGAGAAACAAGCUGAGCUAAACAGGGCAGAGUUCGAGGAUAUAGACGAUGAGACCAGGGUCCAGUAUGAAGGCUUUAGGCCGGGGAUGUACGUCAGAGUGGAAAUCUCCUCUAUUCCCUGUGAGUUUGUCACCAACUUCGAUCCCCAUUACCCCAUCAUCCUCGGAGGCCUGGGCUCCAGUGAAGGCAACAUAGGAUACCUGCAGAUGCGACUUAAGAAGCACCGCUGGUACGAGCGCAUCCUGAAGACACGGGACCCCCUCAUCGUGUCGCUGGGCUGGAGGCGCUUCCAGACCAUCCCCCUCUACCACAUCGAGGAUCACAACGGGCGCCACCGCCUGCUGAAAUACACACCACAGCACAUGCACUGCGGGGCCUCCAUCUGGGGUCCCAUCACACCUCAGGGCACAGGCUUCCUGGCUUUACAAACAGUAGCAGGAACACAGGCUAGUUUCCGUAUUGCAGCCACAGGAGUGAUCCUGGAGCUGGAUAAAUCUGUGACGAUAGUGAAGAAGCUCAAACUCAUCGGUUACCCCUACAAGAUCUGCAAGAACACAUGCUUCAUCAAGGACAUGUUCAACACUGUGCUGGAGGUCGCAAAGUUUGAAGGCGCUUUUAUUCGAACGGUGUCAGGAGUCAGAGGUCAGAUCAAGAAGGCACAAUCGAAACCACCAGGAGCUUUUCGAGCCACGUUUGAGGAUCGUCUGCUUAUGAGUGACAUCGUCUUCCUGCGCUCUUGGUAUCCGGUGUCCAUCCCCCAGCUCUACAACCCCGUCACCUCUCUGCUGCUACCUGUCGGCCAGAAAAACAGCUGGACUGGCAUGAGGACCCUGGGUCAGCUCAAACAUGACCUGGGCAUCCGCAACAAGCCCAACACUGACUCUCUGUACAAGCCGGUGGUGCGAGUCGAAAGGCAUUUCAACCGGCUCCACAUCCCCAAGGAGCUCCAGAAAGCCCUGCCAUUCAAGAGCAAAAUCAAACGGCAGAAAGCCAAAGGAAAGACCCCCAGAGACAUGCAGCGUCCCCGUGUGAUCAGAGAGCCCCAUGAGAGGAAGGUGGCCGCCCUGCUGGAAGCGCUGAAUGUGAUUCACAGACACAAGCUGAAGAAGGCCAAAGUGAGCCAACGCCUCAAACGCAAGGAGUUCCAGCAGAAGAAGGCGAAGGAAGAGGAGGCCCGGCUGCAGAGACACAAGGAGGCCCGGAAGAAACUGUACCGCAUGAAGGGCCAGAUGGAGAAGAAGAAGCAGAGGUCCAGUCUCAAAGCAGCACCACAGGACGACUAACUUUGUGCACCUGGACUAAAGACUGAAAUCCUCAGUAUGAUCUUUGAACUGUUUUGUAUUUCCCUUGAUGUAUUGAAAUGAAAAUCAAAUGUAUGGCAAAACAAAAUGCCUGACAUAUGGGACUUAUUUUAAUACAACGGAGACCUUAGUUGUACCAUGUGAAGCUUUUAGCUGUGUAACCCAUAGUCACAACACAGUUUAUCCCUUUUAAAAUGAUUAACUUGAACAAACAUGUACAAACACGUAGAAACAUGCUGCUCAACUUGUUAUAUAAAACAAAUAUAAAAACUA